AUGGCUUCGAAGAGGUCUGCCAUGCUUUGCUAUCUCAUUCACGGUUCACAGUCUCUACAGCGCAGGACUGCGUUGGCAGGAAUGCUUUGCAUGCAGCUGCAGAGGCCGGUCACCGCAAUGUUUGCAAGCUGUUUAUGGGGCACGAGAGCUUCCGGGUUUUGGCAAGUACGAAGGAUUACUUCGGCCAUUUAG